UCCUCCUCCUCCUCCUCCUCCUCCUCCCUUUUCUUCUUCAUCUCCCCUCUCUCCCUUGUGAACGCGUGCAUCGCACCACUCCACCACACGCUCUCGCUUUUGUUUCCACCCCUUCAACGCUUCGCCCUUUGGUGCCACUCUUCCGCCAUGCCCAGCAACAAACGGCGUGGAGAUGACGUUUCUGAGGAUGAGGCAGAACACGCCGUGAAGCGGCCCGCCACCCGCGAGCGCAGCGGUUACGAUGACAGAGAGCUCGACGAGCUGGAGAGAAAGCGGAGGGAACUCCGCGACAUGCUGGACGCCGAGAAAGGCGGCAGCAAUGGCGCCAGAGCCCACCGCAGCAGCAGAAGCAGAAGCAGAAGUCGAGACCGUGGCAGCGACAGGCACGGCCGUGGUCGCAGGAGCCGUCGCGAUGAGGAGCGUCGUGAUGCCGAUGAUGAUACCAUUGGCGAUGGCGACCACCGCCGUCGUCUUGAUCGCGACGAUGGCGACGAUGACCGCAGGCGGCGGCACCGUUCGCGCAGCCGUGGUCACCGCCAUCGCUCCCGCUCCCGUUCGCGCUCCCCGUCUCGUUCGCGCUCGCGUCGCCACCACCGCCACCGCAGCCGCAGCCGAGAGGGCUCGUCCCGGCAUCACCGCCGGCACCGCCACGAAUCGCGCCAUCGCGACGUGUCGCCCACGGAGCGCCGACACCGACACCGCGAUCACGAUGUUGUUGAGGACCGCCGCCGGUCGCGCGAGCGCCACGCCAGCCGCCACCGCGACUCGCCCGCCAGGCGCAGCAGCAGCAGGCGCAGGCACAGCCGCGACGAACGAGAGCGCAGCCGUGACAGGCGAGGGCGGUCGCGGUUGCGGGAGGAAGAUGAUGACCGACGCCGCCGCCGACGCCGGCAUGACGGUGAUGGUGAUGAUGACGAUGAGCGGAGGCGGAGGAAAGGUAACGGGCACCCGCUCGCAUGGAAGGACGAUGACGAUGAAGAGGAUGAGGAUCUUGGCGCGAUUGACCUUGUGCAGGAGGAAGAGGACGAGGAGAAGCGGAUUGAGGAGAUGCGCCGCCGCCGCCAGGCCAUCCUGCAGAAGUACAGCAAAGCAGACCCUGCCGACUCCCACCCAGAGACGGCCGCGUCCACGGCGACGGCAACGCCGGCCCCGGGCAGCGGGGCAGCGACAAACGGGCGGCAGUCGCUCGAGUCGCGCGCAUCAACGGCAUCCGCCACAUCCGCAACGUCGGCAACGUCGGCAGCGUCUGCGGGGGUGAAGGACGCGGCGCUGCGCGAGGCCGUGCGGUCGUCACUGCCCAAACACAUGGCGGUGAGCAGCCAGCCGUCGUCGUCGUCGGGGGCGGGGUCAAAGUCACACACGCCGCGGCCGCAGGGGCAGGACACCCCCGGGUGGCGGUCGCCGUCGCCGCCGGCAGAGGAGGACGAGCGGUUUGCAGAGGAGGAUUUGGAGUUUGACGAGGGCGCUGCGGUGGAAGGCGGGGAGGACGACGCCGAGAUUGAUGCAGCCAUGCGCGAGGCCGAGGAAGAGAUGAUCAAGGAGCGCUUCCACAUUGACCAGAGCGCCCUCAAGCGCACCGCAUCGGCAUCCUCCGCUUCCGCGCCCGCUGCUGCUGCUGCUGCCGAUGGCGGCGAUGGCAGUGGUGACGGCGCCGCUGGGAAGACGGGCCAGGAUGCGGUGGCGCAGGCUGGCAAGAAGGCCACAACGGAGGCCGGCGGCGGUGGCGGCGAAGGCGGCGAUGAGGAGGGGGAUGACAUGUUCAGCGAGAACUUUGACGUGACGGCAGCGGCAACGACGACGGCCGCCACCACGAGCUCUGGCAGCGCAGCGCUGUCGGACAACCACGACGACGCUGAGGGCUACUACCGGUACAAGUUCUCUGAGCUGCUGGAUGCACGGUAUAAGGUGUACGGGUACACGGGCAAGGGCGUCUUCUCCAAUGUGGUUCGCGCGCGUGAUAUCAUGCAGAACGACACGCCCGUCGCCAUCAAGAUUAUCAGAAACAACGACAUCAUGUACAAAGCGGCGAUCAAGGAGCUUGAGGUCAUCCACAAGCUGCAGGACAAGGAUCCGAGUGGCCGCUACCACUGUGUGCGCUUCCUGCGCUCGUUCCGCCACAAGAAUCACCUGUGUCUGGUCUUUGAACACAUGAGCAUGAACCUGCGUGAGGUGCAGCGCAGGUACGGGCGGAACAAAGGCCUCAGCCUCAAGGCCGUGCAGGCAUACGCGCACCAGCUGCUGCUGUCACUGCACCUCCUCCGCAAGUGCGCUGUCAUCCACGCAGACAUCAAGCCCGACAACAUCCUGGCCAACGAGGCGAAGAAUGUGAUUAAGCUGUGCGAUUUUGGCUCUGCGCUGUACACGUCCGAGGCCGAGGUCACCCCGCUCCUCGUCUCCCGCUUCUACCGCGCCCCAGAGAUUAUGCUCGGGUGCAAGUACGGGUGUCCAAUUGACAUGUGGAGCGUCGCCUGCACGCUGUAUGAGCUGUGGACCGGCACCAUUCUCUUCAAGGGCCGCGACAACAACGAAAUGCUCAAGCUGAUCUUUGCACUGAAGGGCAAGCCUGCGAACAAGAUGAUUCGCCAGGGCAUGUUCAAGGACCAGCAUUUUACAGAUGACUUUGAGUUCAAGUUCCUUGAACAAGACAAGGUCACCCAGCAGGAGAAAGUGACGCUGCUCAAGUUCCAGAACCCGACGACAGACCUGAAGGCGCUGUUGCUGAAGAACCAGAGCCUGACAUCCGACCAGCAGCGGCACUUUACCAACUUCAGGGACCUGCUUGACAAGAUGCUGAUUGUGGACCCGGACAAGCGCAUCUCCGUGCGCCACGCCCUGCGUCACCCGUUUAUCACGGAGCAGAUCUAGCUGCCUCGCUGACUUGACUCGCUUGCGUGCCUUGCUUGUUUGGUGCAUGUGCGGAUGGAUUUGGUUCUUACAUUACGUUUCGUGAGCGCAGAAGCAUGUGGUCUCUGUCGUGCACCGCAGUGCAUGGAGCCUAGCCUGCCUGCUACAAAGAUGAAUAAACACAAACAAACAAGCACACCACAGAGCUACAACAAACACACCACAGAACCACAACACA